GUAAUCACUAGUAAUUUUUUCAGGUCCAUCAUUUCAUAAUCAUUUCAACCAAAUAACAACCAAAUAUUUUUCCAGCUUCAAACUGCGAACGACAUAGGGCAGAUGGCGACGGAAAGCAUGCCGCCCAGGGGACAAGCUGUCAAGUCAUUCAAUAAACGUUUAAAAAAAUACGUGCUAACAAAGUUGAGAUGUGGUAGAGGCGAGGACGUUGUCACUGGAGCGUACAACAUGCCAGUACCGAGGUCAGCCAGACCGAGUGCGGCGCCGUCGUCCAGACCAAGCGAGGCGCGUACAAGCCAUGGGCAGUGGGGGGAGGGUCCGAGUACAACAACGACAUUGCCACGACAUGACUCAUCUCUGCCACUACAUCGCUCUUCUUCGGUGCUGCUUCGUCAGGGGCAGACAUCACAGGACCAUGGCAUGGGCUUGGAUUCGAUGCCCGAGCUGUAUCUUUCCCCAAACCCAUAUGCAUACACAGGAUAUGGCGCAUACACUCAAGGUGAGGGAUCUCAGCUGUAUCUCUCCACGCGAGGGAUCUCCAUGCCCGAGGAGACUCGUGUCCUAGAUUUAAACCAGUACCAGGUAGAAUGUCCAGACAGUACAGGCGAGGGAUCUGAUCAGGGCAUACCUGAUGUAAAUUGGAACAAUGAGUACACCCAACCUGGCGACAAUGUUAACGCAGUAGAUACAGAUUUCUUCAGAGAGGACGUUAUUGGCCCAUCUUUUAUCCCGGAGGAGUCACAACAACCAUACGGCUACAAUUACGCAUCAGGUUCACAACAAGGAUUACAGACUCCACCACCUAUGCAAGAGUCGCAGACACAGGAAGACCAACUGGAGUACGGUCGCGGUCUUCGUGUAACUCGACCACCUAAUCGCUUGGAGCUUUCCGGUCCGAAGGGAAGGCCAGCUGGCCGUCGUCGACUACAAUGAUUCAACUAUCCACGUGCGCGACCCAUUGUAUCUACAUAUGUCAGUAUCCGACUUUUCCAUUUGAACAUCUAUGUAUGCUGAAAUAAAAAUGCACCA